AUGCCCGGCCAGGUCCUCUACGAAGCAAACCCCCCGCCGGACGCGUCGCACUUGCCCGAUGAGCUGCUGAAGCUGCGCGUUCAGCUCGACGUGAGCAAUGCCCUCUCAAAGGAGGAGGUCCAGGCUAUACAGAGGUUCAGGAGGGCGGCGGAUUAUAUUGCUGCUGCCAUGAUCUUCCUAAAGUCAAACAUCCUUCUCGACAAACAGCUCUCCCACGAAGACAUCAAGCCCCGCCUCCUCGGGCACUGGGGUACAUGCCCCGGCCUCGUCCUCGUCCACGCCCACCUUAACCGCAUUAUCAAGAAGACAAACCUCGACGCGGUGUAUGUCAUCGGUCCAGGACAUGGCGCCCCGGGGUACCUCUCGUGCCUAUGGCUCGAGGACUCCCUGUCCAAGUUCUACCCCGAGUACAGCAGGGACAUGCAAGGCCUGCACAGGCUGAUCACCAAGUUCAGUCUUCCAGGCGGUUUUCCUAGCCAUAUCAACUCCGAGACCCCAGGCUCCAUCCACGAAGGUGGCGAGCUCGGGUAUGCCCUGGGCGUAGCUUUUGGCGCUGUGAUGGACAACCCCGACCUCGUCGCGGUGUGUGUUGUCGGCGAUGGCGAGGCCGAGACCGGGCCAACCGCAACCGCUUGGCAUGGGUACAAGUACAUCGACCCGGCCGAGUCUGGCGCGGUCCUGCCCAUCGUGCACGUCAACGGAUUCAAGAUCUCGGAACGGACGAUCUACGGGACCAUGGACGACAAGGAGCUCGUCGCCUUGUUCAGUGGCUAUGGUUAUCAGGUCCGCUUUGUGGAGCAUCUGGAUAAUAUCGACAACGACCUGGCUGGGUCGAUGGAGUGGGCGUUGGGGGAGAUUCGGAAGAUACAGCAGGCUGCGAGGAGCGGGAAGCCGAUCGUCAAGCCGCGGUGGCCUGUUCUGAUCAUGAGAACGCCCAAGGGCUGGUCCGCACCGAAGAAGGUGCAUGGCGAGUUCAUCGAGGGGUCCUUCCACGCACACCAAGUGCCCCUCCCGAAAGCGGGGUCGGACGAUGAGGAGCUCGCCGCGCUGCAGGCGUGGCUGUCGUCCUACGGGCCGAAAGAGCUGUUCAACCCGGACGGGACGGUGAAGCCGGAGGUGGUCGAGGGUGUCGUCCCCGAUAACGACGACAAGAAGAUCGGGCAGCGGAGGGAGGCGAUGCGGAUGUUUUGCGGGCUGGAGGUGCCCGCGUGGAGGGAGCACGGCGCGGACGAGGGGGCGAUGGUCAGCGCGACCGGGGCGCUGGGGACGUUCCUCGAGGAGGUGAUCAGGAAGAAUCCGUCUUCGUUCAGAAUAUUCUCGCCGGACGAGCUGGAGUCGAAUAAGCUCAGCGCGGUGCUGAAGGUUACGGGCAGGAACUUCCAGUGGGAUGUGGCCUCCAGGGGGAAGGGCGGGCGCGUGAUCGAGGUGCUCAGCGAGCAUACGUGCCAAGCGAUGCUGCAGGGGUACACGCUCACUGGGCGGUGUGGGCUGUUCCCCAGCUACGAGGCCUUCCUUGGGAUUGUACACACGAUGAUGGUGCAGUAUAGCAAGUUCGUCAAGAUGGCCGCGCAGACGAAGUGGCACACGCACAUCGGCUCGCUGAACUACCUCGAGACGUCGACGUGGGCGCGGCAGGAGCACAACGGGUUCUCGCACCAGAACCCGAGCAUGAUUGGCGCGAUGCUGAACCUCAAGCCGACGUUCUCGCGCGUGUACCUCCCGCCCGAUGCGAACUGCAUGCUGAGCACGAUGGCGCAUUGCCUCCGCGCGCGCGGGUAUAUCAAUUUGGUCGUGGGGAGCAAGCAGCCGACGCCGGUGUGGUUGGGGAGGGAGGAGGCGGAUCGGCAUUGUAUUGCGGGCGCGAGUGUGUGGAAGUUUGCGAGUGUGGAGGAGGGCGUGGAUCCGGAUGUUGUCCUGGUGGGUAUCGGCGUGGAGAUGACCUUCGAGGUUAUCGCUGCCGCUUCCCUGCUGCGCCAGCACGCCCCGCAGCUGCGCGUGCGCGUCGUGAACGUGACGGAUUUGAUGAUCCUGGGGCCCGAGGGGAGCCACCCGCACGCACUGACAGACACAGACUUUUACGCGCUGUUCACGACCGACCGGCCGGUGCAUUUUAACUACCACGGGUACCCGAUCGAGCUGAAGGGCCUGUUGUUUGGCCGGCCUGGGCUGAGUCGGGUUACGAUUGAGGGGUAUCGAGAGGAAGGGACCACGACUUCGCCUUUUGACAUGAUGCUCUGCAACCGCACAUCUCGGUACCACGUCGCCGCAGCUGCCAUCCGUGGCGCGGCGCUGCACAACGCCAAGGUCGCGAUUGACGCGCACGAGAAGAUUAGUUAUUUGAUGCAUUUGUCACAGAAGGAUAGGGCGUACAUUCUCGAGCACGGGACGGAUCCUGAGGGGACGUAUGAGAGGCCAACGUUUUAAAGUGGUGGUGUUAGAUGG